GGGAUGAGCGUGAUCUGUCACUUGUUGUCGAGUUUCUGCGAACGUCGCAAGAAAGGACUCUGAGAUUGUGUUUUUCUGCGUCUUAUCACGGAUUUCACGGGCAAUUUAUGCUGUUCCAAUGGAUGUGGUGUACUUGCCGCAUCUUCUGGUGGGAGGAAAGAUCAUCAAACUGGUGCCGGACUUCAAUCAAGUGGGAUCAAGGAAAGCGGAUCUUUUGCACAAUCCCAUCGUCCUGGAGAGCGAUGCUGUGGACGGAAAGCAUGCAAUCUUAUCUUUCGACAUCCUAAAAGGAACAACACAGAUACUCGAUCUCGUGAGCAAGGCUGGAACGUUCGUGGAUGGAGAGAAGAUCGCGCCGAUCGAGUGGAAGCUUCUGAAGCACGGAGAAAAGGUGGUCUUUGGCGAUGUCGAGACGACAUUUUGCACAAAAGACACGCAGAGUGAGCGGCAGAUCAUGGACAACACUCCGUCGAAUAGCAAUGACUCCGCUGAGAACUUCAAAGUGAUCCCAGUCAGUCUUCCAGUGAAGACUGAGAGAAUCUUGGUUCCGGACACGCAGCACGAGAGCCAGUGUGAUGAAUCUUUCGAGCACGUCGAACUGCCGGAGACACAAAUGCCAGAACUGUACAAAUCCAAGGAGGAGUUUGAUGGCAUUUUCGUGCCAGAAACUCAACCGGCAGCGGAAAAUGAAGAGAGUUUGUUGGACAUUUCACUGCCCGAAACUGAAAUAUCCACACCCGUUUCUCGGAUGUCUUUUGAGGACAGUUCAAAAAUGGAUGAUACUUGUGUUGACGUCUGGAACGUAGCGACGCAGAUCCUUGACCGACAGAUGGAGAAGGACUCGAUUUUGUCAGACAAUUUGCUAGAGAAUUGCGUCAAAAGCGACUUCUGCGAAUUGUCGACGCAAGUUUUUGAUCGCAGCAAGCUCGCGCCUGCUAAUUUGACUAAAGACAGUGGGCUGAACUCUCCUGCCAGUUCAUCACUGAACGGUGUUAAGGAUGAGUCUUCCGACAUACUCACACAGACCUGCAAUACCACUAAAAAUGCUGAGGAACGGACGGUUUUGAAGGCCGGCGACAAAAGACCACAUUCUGCUGUGACUGAAAUUAAGGAUGAGGAUGAAACGGAUUGCGAGGACGAACUGGCUGGUUUUACAAGUCCAGAGAAUCCUCAAAUGCAGCCUCAAGUGAAGUUGAUUCGAUUGGCGCAUGAAAAUGUCUGCGAAGCAGCAACGCAGAAAUUUCAGCUGAACUCAAUCCGAUCAAAUAUCUCACAGACUUCCAGGACGAUCUCAAAAGAGCCUUUGGAGGCGGCGCAAUCGUUCGGGAGUCAGGAGGGGAACAACAGUGUUCUCGCACAGUUCAGAUUCACCAACGACUUGUCCAGCACUUUCUCUGAUGAUCUCUUAACGCCGCCGUGUCUCAUUGCACUGCCCACGCGACAGGGAAAGAACAGACCGGAAACCAAGGAUUCCGGCAAGAGAACUUCCAAGAAAUGGAUCUUUCCUGAGAGUUCUGACGAUGAAGACGAUUACACGGCGUUUAGUCCCACGCAAGGCAUGAAAACGCCAGAGAAGCCACGCGAACUCUCAACCAAAGCGAAGCUGAGGUUGAAGGCUAUCGCUAUCUUAGAUUCUCCCAACACUGCUAUGGAUUCUGAAGCUGCCACAGAUGGCGAACCGGAGAAGCCCAUCAGGAAGCAUAAUUCGAAGAAGAAUUCAUUCCUGGGCAGCCAAAUGCUCUAUCGGGACCAGCUGCCGGCAAUUGAGAAUAUUAGUGAGUUGAUUACCCUGCCGGAGACGUUUUCCUACCCUCAGCCACGUGAUGACGAUGCUAUUUUCCUCAGAGAACUCGCUGAGAGUGCUUGGGACAGGUUUUCUUGACUCAAAGCUGCCCAAAACAUCUCACAUGUCUCCUGUUCAGCUUCGACGUUCCAGGCGGGCAGUGAAGAGAAUGCAAUAUCAGGAUUUCGAGACAUAAGACAGGCAAAA